UGUGUCGUACUUACUUACUGCUGGUGUCUUUCUAAAUGUGCCGUUUUCUCUUUUGUGUUUAAAAAGUAUUGCAUGUGUUUUUGAUAGAGUUUUUCAUUCGUUCUGGCCAUCUUUCCUGAUAACAGAUUGAAUCUACUGGUGAUAUUGGCUCUCUCGAUUGUGUCUGGGUGUGGAUGAUACUGUCCUCUGUUGAUGAAGAUGUCCUUGGCCCAACGUGUGCUGCUCUCCUGGAUCUUUGCCCUUAUCUUCCUUAUUUUGCUGGUCCUCCAACUGGAUUCUACUAUCAAAUGUAACUGGUUCCUCAUCUUCCUCCCUGUCUGGACCUUUGACACCAUCCUCAUCCUCAUGCUGGUCGUGAAGAUGGCAGGCCGUUGCAAGCGAGACUUUGACCCCAGAGUUGGUGAGCAGAGCUUCAAGCAGAGGUUGCGGUACAUGACAGCCCUGCUGCUUAAGUUGUCCUUCUGUGUGGCACUGUGCUCCCGCCUACAGGGACUCAUUGACAUUUGGUUCAGUAUUGUGUGCAUCCCUCUGUGGGUGCUGCUGGGUGGCGCUCUGGUAGAACUUGGCUACAGUGUUUUCCAUUACAGAAGGGACUGAAUCAGAGGACUUUUCCAUCCAUGUUUUGAAAGCUAAUGUACAUUGGACAGAAGGAAGCAUCUCUCACAACACAAGGUGCUGCCUGUGUUUAAUUCAGGAGUAAAUGAGACGUUGAACUCUGGACUUAAGGGUAAAUUAUUUUAUUGGAUGUGUUGGUGGCCUUGGGGCUUAGCUGAAGUCGCAGAGCAAUUUUUCCACUAAUUCAAAUGUUUGUUCCCAGUUUUCAGUAUGAAACGCAUCCUUGAACAAACGUGGGAUCCCAUCGCUCCACAGGGACUCUUCACAGAGUAACAGAAUUGAGGAAAAAGAUGUAGCGGAAAUCAACAUUGUGGGUGGGCUGCUGAUUUUGUAUAAAAGUACACUCUUAAAUACAGCUUGCAGUUGGCCCCAGAGUGGUACCAUCCCAGCUCACCCACAAACUUCAGCAGAGGCUGCUGAAGCACACAGAGUCCGCAGCGAUUCAUUCCACUCCCUAUUUACUGUGCACGAGUAAAUAAAUGCCUUAUAGUCAUUUUUGUUUUUUAUUUAAAAUAACUUUAAUUCUGCAGCUGGAGAUUGUUUCUAAGUUUUGGAGCUAAGCAACACACACAUUUCCUGUUAUCUUUUGAAGUAGAAAGAUCCCCAUCCUCCACCAGACACAGUGAAGCCCUUGUUUACCUUCACCUUUUCCUACGUGUGAGGUGUCGGUGUUUGAUUAAACUUCUCUGUAUAUGCCAGACCUGCACUUCAUCUCUCAGGCAAUUUACCUUCAAAUCUUUUAGUAUAUCACCACCUACACAUCUUUCCCUUCUCCUGUACUUCUAAUCACUCUUUUACUGAAUAAUCAACCUUGCUUCUCCUCACCUUAAAUUACAAGUACCUCAGCAUACCUUCCUGUAUUUUUUUGAGAUUUCUUUUGUCAUAUAUUUGUCAUUUCUUAUUCUGCCCAUCUUUGUAACUCCACACAUCGGUCCUUUCUAUGGAUUAAAUUUAGGACUUUAAAUUUGUUUAUACAAAAAAAA